AUGGCUAGGCAGGGCCUGCGCGACAACAAUGAUGAUGCCACCGACACAAGAGAUAGUCUAACUUGCAUUUUUGCAUCCAUCAGUCUCAUGCUUCCAGUUGCACACCACAAGACUAUCAAAACAGAAUUUCAAAACAAAAUGGCUCAGAGGGCUUUUUCUCAUCUGGAACAGAGGAGUAUCUCGCAUGAAUCUCCUGGCCAAGAGCACAAACACAUCUUCCCAGAAAUCCUGGAGGUUCCCACCAUCGAUGGUUACCUCCAGGAGCAACGCAAGCCGCCAUCGAUCCAAGACACCCGGAGGUAUGCGCUGCUCCUCCGCCAAUGCGGCGACCGCCGCGACUUGGCGGGCAUCAAGGAUCUCCACGCGAGGAUCGCGAGGAGCGGCCAGGAGCGCAACCGCUACGUCGCAAAUCUUCUCGUCCAGAUGUACGCCAAGUGUGGGGAUGUGGAGGAGGCCCAGAUCGUCUUCGCCAAGAUCAAGAACAAGAACGUUUUCUCGUGGACACUCAUGAUCGCAGCAUUUGCCCAGAACGGGCAUUGCGCGAGAGCGGUGGAGCUCUUCCGGGCGAUGGACGUUCCACCGGAGGAGGCCACUUUCAUCGCAGCUCUCGGGGCUUGCACCAAAUGCGGCUGCUACGACCGAGGGCGAGAGAUCCACGCCAGGAUCAAGGAGUGUGGAUUGGAUUCCAGCCUCGUGCUCGGCAACACGCUCAUCAACAUGUAUGGCAAAUGCCGCGCGCUGCGUGACGCGAGGGUAGUUUUCGAUCGAAUGCCGGAGCGAAGCACCGUGUCGUGGAACGCGAUCAUCGGAGCUUAUGCCCAGAAUUCGCAGCACAGAGAAGCUCUGGAGCUCUUCCGGGAGAUGAUCACGAGAGCUCCAGGAGGGAUCGUUCCGGACGAAGUUACGUUCCUUCCAGUGCUCCAGUCGUGCUCGGGGCUGCAAGACUUGGUAGAGGGCGAAGCGAUUCACGAUCUGGCAGCGAAACUGGGGCUGGAAUCCAACGUUGUCAUCGCCAACGCUCUCAUCAACAUGUAUGGAAAGUGUGGCAGGAUCGCAAAGGCCAGAGAUCUCUUCGACCGGAUGAAGAGGAGGAGCAUUGUGUCGCUCAACACCAUCAUCUCCGCCUACGCUCUCAACGGCUGUGGUUUCCAGGCGAUCGAUCUCUACAAAAAGAUGGCGGAGCUUGAGCAACAAAACUUCCAGCCAAACGAUAUCACCUUUGUGGUUCUCUUGGAUGCCUGCGGCAGCGUUUCUUCGCUGGAGAUCGGGCUGGAACUCCAUCGAGAGAUCGCUUCCCGGGGGCUCGAGUCCAGGAUCAACGUCCAGAACGCUCUCAUCAACAUAGACGUGAUCUCCUGGACAGCGAUGAUCACUGCUCUAGCCCAGAACAGCCGCGAGGAAGAGGCCGUGGGAUUGUUUCGAGAGAUGGAGCUCGAGGGAGUGAAAGCCAACGACGUAACUCUGGCCGCCCUGGCCACCGCGUUCGUCAACCUUGGGAACUUUGGCGAUGGCUGCCACAUCUAUCCCCGAGUUGCCGCUCUCGGGAUGAAGCUCGACGUGGUGCUCGGCACGGUUUUGAUCGGCUUGCAUGGGAUCUGUGGUGAGGACGUGGUCACCGCGAGCAAGAUCUUCGAGCAAAUCGAGCACAGCAAGAAGAAUGUGAUCUCCUGGAACGCGAUGAUCGCUGUCUAUGCUCAAUCCGGGAAGAACAGCGAAGCUCUGGAGCUCUUCCGAGCGAUGGACGUGAGACCCAACGAAGCUAGCAUUGCUUCCUUGCUCCUUGGCUCCUUAACAAGCGUGGAUCACCUCGACUUGAUCCGAGAAGAAACGAGGAUCCAUAGCCUGGAGGGGAAUCCCAUCGCUGCCACGGCGCUGGUGAGUGCUUACGGCCGAGCCGGAUCGAUCGAUGGAGCACGAGCGGCCAUGGAGAGGAUUCCCUGCGGAGAGAGAGACCUCGUGUCGUGGAACGCGAUGGUGGCGGCGUGCUCUCAAAACGGCGCUGGAGAGGAAGCUCUGGAUCUCUACCACCGGAUGAAUCUCGAGGGCGCUGUGAGGGCGAGCGAGAUCACGUACUCGAGCGUGCUGAUCGCGUGCCCGAGCCUGCGAGCUCUUCGAUCGAUCCACCACACGGUCGCCAGCGCCGGGUUCCUGGACGAUCUGGGCGUCGCAAACUCGCUCACGAGCGCCUAUGGGCGAUUCGGCGAGGUCGAUCGCGCGAAAGAGAUCUUCGAUGCCAUGAGAACCGUGAGCGUCGUGAGCUGGACCGCAAUCAUCGCGAGCUACGCCCAGAACGGCCGCGUCCGCGAAUCCCUGGAGCUCUUCCUGGGCAUGGCGCUGGACGGGAUCCAUCCCAGCGAGGCCACCUUCACGAGCAUCCUCUACGCUUGCAGCCACGCCGGGAAGAUCGAAGAGGCGUGGCGCUGCUUCGCCAGCAUCCACGGCGAUUUCGGGAUGGAAGCGAACGAAGAGAACUACCGGUGCGUGGUGGAUCUGCUGGGGCGAGCCGGGAAGCUGGAAGAGGCCCGCGAUCUGGUCCAGAGCAUGCCAUUCCCGGCGGAUGGAGUGGCGUGGACGACGCUGCUGGCCUCUUGCAAGACUCACGAUCGCGAGGAAGAGGGCAGAGACGCCGCGCGAGAGAUGAUCGCGCUGGAGCCGGACAAUGGCGCCUCGUACGUGAUGCUUUCCUCGAUCAUCCCAUUGCAUUGA